GCGUCAGCCAGGAUAACAUGAUGCCUCCUGCAACGGCCGGGACCUUGUAGCUUUUGUUGUCUCCGAGGCCGGGGUUAUCUGCUCAGCCGCCUCCCCCAGCACACGGGCUGCUCCCCCUCCCCCUCACUCUCCUACCCGCUUCACUCGGGACUUCUACCUUCACCGGCCCGAAGGGUUUUUGUUCUCGCCCCUCUCCUCCUUCAAGGCGAAGCGAAAAUGAACUUGUUUCCGAGCGUGUAGUUGCCUCCUUGCCCGGCCCCAGCAUGGUCAUGGCGGAUUGUCCGGGCAAACUACACCGGGGUCCCGUCCGGGUUGGCUUCUACGAUAUCGAGCGCACUCUGGGCAAGGGCAAUUUCGCUGUCGUUAAGCUAGGCAGACAUCGCAUCACCAAGAGCGAGGUCGCAAUAAAAAUCAUCGACAAGUCUCAACUGGAUGCUGUGAACUUGGAGAAGAUAUACAGAGAAGUACAAAUAAUGAAACUGCUGGAUCAUCCACACAUCAUCAAACUCUACCAGGUCAUGGAAACCAAAAAUAUGCUGUAUCUUGUAACUGAGUAUGCCAAAAAUGGAGAGAUCUUUGAUUAUUUGGCAAACCAUGGGCGGCUGAGUGAGCUGGAAGCCAGGCGCAAGUUCUGGCAGAUUCUGUCAGCAGUGGAAUAUUGCCACAACCGCAAGAUUGUCCACCGGGAUCUGAAGGCCGAGAACCUGCUGUUAGAUAGCAACAUGAAUAUUAAAAUAGCAGAUUUUGGUUUUGGCAACUUCUACGAACCAGGGGAACCUUUGGCCACAUGGUGUGGAAGCCCACCUUAUGCAGCUCCAGAAGUUUUUGAAGGACAGCAGUACGAGGGACCUCUACUGGACAUCUGGAGUCUCGGAGUGGUCCUCUAUGUGCUGGUUUGUGGAGCUUUACCCUUUGAUGGUCCAACACUUCCAGUGCUGAGGCAGCGGGUUCUGGAAGGCAGAUUUAGAAUUCCAUACUUCAUGUCUGAAGACUGUGAACAUCUCAUUCGACGCAUGCUGGUCUUAGACCCUUCCAAAAGACUCACAAUUGCCCAGAUAAAGGAUCACAAAUGGAUGCUGGCUGAAGUCCCAGUACAGAGACCAGUUGUAUAUCCGCAACCCAGGGAGAAUGAAGCCAGCAUGGGCGAAUAUAAUGAGCAGGUCCUACGACUGAUGCACAGCCUGGGGAUCGACCAGCAGAAGACUAUUGAGUCUUUACAGAACAAGAGCUAUAAUCAUUUUGCUGCAAUCUAUUAUCUCUUGGUGGAGAGACUGAAAUCUCACAGAAGCAGUUUCCCUGUAGACCAGAGACUGGAUGCUCGUCAACGGCGACCAAGCACAAUUGCUGAGCAAACUGUUGCCAAGGCAAAUCCUGUGGUGCCCCAGGUCAGCCUUUUGUCGCAGAAUGUCAGGCUGUUGAGGUCUCCUGUCCUGCCUCAAAACUCUGCCGUGGACUCAUUCGCCUUUCUACAGACUACAUGCCAGCCAGAACUGGGCUUCAUGGAGGAAGAUGUCAACACUCCUAAGGUGAAUGGUUGCCUCCUUGAUCCUUUGCCUCCUUCAAUAUCAAGGAAAGGAUGCCCACCAUCUCCAAGCAACAUGAUGGAGACAUCUAUUGAUGAAGGGAUAGAGACAGAGGAUGACUCUGAAGAGGAUCCUGCCCAGGUCUAUGCAUCCUUUCAGGCAAUGCGAUGUGGCCAGAGACGCCACACUCUCGCUGAAGUCACCAACCAACCAAUCGUGUUGCCAAGUACAGGGAAGCUGUUCACUGUCGGGAAUAAUCCAUCCUUGGGGAGUGUUGAUUCUGAAUAUGACAUGGGACUGAUGCACAGCGAGCUCAGCAUAUUGGAGGACACGCCACCUCUGGCAGAGGUUGUACUUGCCAACCAACCAAUGACACGGAUGACCCCACCACUGAUUGGCAUCAAGCCACCAAAUCCAGCAAUGGAGGCACUGACAUCACAGAAACGCGAGGUGCAGAACCGGUCGCCAGUCAGCUUCCGAGAGGGUCGAAGAGCUUCAGAUACAUCUUUAACACAAGGUAUCGUUGCCUUCCGCCAACAUCUUCAGAACCUAGCCAGAACCAAGGGAAUUCUGGAGCUGAACAAAGUGCAGAUGCUUUAUGAACAGAUGAACUCUGAUGCAGAUUUUGACUCUCUACCAGCAACACAUUUACAAAGCCUCCUCACCACCCACCACCAGGAUGAAGUUUUACAACAGCAGGAAAAUGUAGCAUUAUUCCCCAAUGGAGUGCAUCCACACUUGUUGUCAAGACGUCAGAGCCUAGAAACACAUUACUUGCAGCAUCGAUUGCCGAACCCAAGCUUACUGAAUAAAGCACAAAACAGCUGUCCAAUGUAUUGCAAGGAAACACCCAGGAGCCUUGAGCAACAGCUCCAGGAACACAGGUUGCAGCAGAAACGCUUGUUUCUCCAAAAACAGUCACAGCUCCAGGCUUACUUCAACCAAAUGCAGAUUGCAGAAGGCUCAUACCCUCAGCAAACUCAACAGAUGCCUGUACCUCACCCAGAAACGCAGCAACAGCAACAGUUUAGCAUGGCCCAACCUCUGAGUCCAGUGCUGGAACCGUCAGAACAGAUGCAGUGUGACCCAUUCCUCAGCCAGCACUACAAGCUGCAGCUUUCACUGCAACAGAUGGCACCUGUUCAGCAGCCAACACAACCUCCACUUCAGUCCCAAGUUCACCUGGAGCAGCAGCAGCAACUCUUGCAAUAUCCUUACCAGCCUUGUGAUGUAGUCGGAGCCACAGCACCAGAGCUCGGUUACCCAGAACAAUGUCCCUAUGCUCUCAACCAAACCCAACAGGCUGCCUUGCCCUUGAGUGAAAGCCAGGCAAGUGAAGUUGCUGCUGACUCAUCAGAGACCUACAAGAACGUAACUAUCCCUGAACUGCCAGGACUUUUUGACUGUGAGAUGAUGGAAACAGUUGAUACUCAACAUGGAGGCUAUGUCCUUGUGAACUGACUGAGUUAUCUUUUCAGUGUACUUCACCGAGGAAGAAGGGAUGACAAGAAGAGAAAUGGAAGUCAAUUUAGCUUGUACAUUUCAAGAAAAUACUAAAAUUGAUGACUUGUUUUCCUUCUUAAAGUGUAGCUGGGAGAAUGAAAAUCAACAAUAUAGAAUUGGCUCAGGCCAGAUCUCAUUUGUUGAAGCAAUCGUCAUGUGGUUCUGUUGGCCCUUGGUGCUGAAAAGGAAAAGAGAGGCAGGAGAGGCAACUCUUAAGAAGCAAAUGCACUUUCCUAAAGAUGGUACCAACCAAUGCACCAGGUAACAAGCACGCAACACUACAUAGGAAGGAUGCAGAAGCAGAAUAAAGUGUAUUGGUUCUGCCAACAAAGCAAUACGUCACCAGGAAAACUUGAGUUCAAGAGCUGGGAAAUUCACAAAAAUGAUAUCAUCCAAAUUGAAAGUUCUCUACUGAACACCCAUGUACCUCCCUUAAUCCCUGGCCAAUGCAAUCUACUUGGGCAGACUGGGAAGUGUACUGCUUUAAGCUGUGACCCCAGGAAAUAGAGUAACACUGAACUUGCUUAUCUUACUCUGAGGUCUGGACAUUGUAACCAUCCCAGAUCAUUUAAAAAAAUGCUUGACACAUACAUUUCACACCAGAGGUUGUUGCUAGAUUACAUUUAGCACUAGGAUGGAGAGUUUUAAUAAAUAUAUAAUUUUUGAAAAGUGCCUCCUGCAGGAGCAUUUUAUCUCUACACACCUCUGGACUCUGGAGGAGGUAAUUAACGUGUUAGUACUUGUUCAGUGUUUGCUUUCCAAGGAAUAAUUCAUUGUAAUUUUGAAUUUCGAAUAUGAGUUGCUGGUUGUUUAUUAAAAGCUUUGUACACUUUACCUAGGGUUUUAGAAGUUAUAUGAGAAAUAAGCUUUUGAAACAAAAACUGUUGCGUGAAGUGUGAUGUGCUGUGCCUUUUUGCUUCUUUUAAUUUAAAAGUAAAAGAAACACAUUUCUGGAAAACAGUUUGGAUAAACAAUGCCCCAUUUAUACUGGCAAGUUAACCAAAGUCACUUCAGAGUAAAUACUUCUGGUUCCACUAUGUGGAGCUCAGGACAAUGUCUCGCUGUGUUCAAAUUGAUCUGUAUGUAAAGAGUAAAAAGCAAUAUUUAUUAAAUGUUUUCAAAAGAUGAUUGUACCAUACAUAUACCGACAUGGAUGUUUUGUGUACUGUCAGAAUAAUGUAAUUUCUUUUUCCUCUUGUUGAAUUAUCAUACAGGCAGGAAAUGAUGCUGAUGCAACGGUCAGGGUAGAUUAGUUUGCAAUACUACCUGGCCUAGAAUUGAAGUCAGUUGGACUUCCUUGAUACACAGGCCCUCACAGCUGCCAAUUUUUUAGUGAUAGAUGGCACUGAAUUUGCAUUUCACCAUGAAGAGUUAACAUUAUUGAAAUUGCAGUCUAGCUAAUCACACCUCAACCUUCUCUCCUCCAUUUUAAAGGCAAGACCUCUGACCAUGCUGCCCUGAGCAGAGGGCUUGCAAGUGCAGCAUGAAUCCAUGCCUCCAGUGGGUGCCACGUGGUAGGUGAUGCGCUGUAUUUUGUUUGCAGUGUUCCUUUGAGUCAGGUGGUCAACAGCAGCACUGUCUCUCCCAAGUUUCUGAGUUCAUCACAAUUAUGGAGCGUUGCCAAAAGUCGAAUCAGUAACUCACUCCAAGGCAUCAUCCACUUUCACUCAUUUACCCAGCCGGACGGGUUGGAUAGUGGACAAGUGGUGAUCUGUUUGUCUCCAUGGUGCCUAGUGCCAGUGCAGUAUCCCAGGGGUGAACAAUGCCACGUCUUCCCUCUCCCUUCCUCCACAACUCCAUCUCCCCACCCAUUGCUGCCACCACCACACUGUCACAUCUCAUACUUGGAUGCGAUUGAGAGUAGAGUUGAUUUCAAAGUGUGUUUUCCAGACCUCCUUUGGAAUUCUGUAAUGCUGGUUGGCACGUGACUAUUCACAAUCCAAGGAAACAAGUCACUCCUCCAGGGGUCUGCAAUGAUGCUUUCAGAUCAACAGUGGAGUGGAUCCACUAGAUUCCCUUCCUUAAUGACAGAAUUUUCUCUCCACACCCUCACGCUAGUCCCAGGCUAAAAGUGACAAAUUGCAUCAAGUUCAAAUCGCAGCCAAUUCCUGUCCCCGUCCCUUUGCCACUGUCUCAUAAGCAGAGGAUUAAACGAAGCCUGAUGAUGCAUUUCAAAAAUACAUUUCAAUCAAUCAAAGCGUAGAAUUUUUCACUAAGCAAUCGAUAUUGCCAUAAAAUAUUCUUAAUGUGUUGUUCAAAACCAGUGUUACAGCAGUGGAAUUUAAUUUCUAGGCUUUGAUAAAACCUCUUUUCACACCCUCUGUGGAAUGUGAUUUGGAUUUGGCUGUGACAUCGCAAAUCUUUUAAGAAUGAUGAAAUUCUUCCUUGGUUUCUUGUGCUAAGUGUGCUAUCUAGUAGCAUCAUCAGUCAGUGAAAUAGCCUUGGCAGUAUCGCGUUUUGAUAUACUAUGUGGUGUAUUGAACACUACAGUAGCUAGUGAGUGGGGUGACUUUCCAGACAAAUAGAUGUGAAAUUGGAGCCAAGCAGUGUUAGACAAUGAACUGUAUCUAAUGGAGUAAACAGCCUUUCUCUUAGCCCUUCUGGUUCCUCAGUCGCCUGUUCCCACACAAUAUUAAAGCUGUUUAGGAGAAGUGAAUGUCCUUCAAAUACUCUGAUGUGUAGCCAGGAGCUUAUGCCUGUUCUAUACUCCCUAACGAUGUCCAGUUAAACUCUCUCUGCUGCCUCUACCCUUCACCCCACACAGGCACAAUAUGGUUGUAAACAGAGCACUGUACAUCAAGAGCAAAAUGAUGCAGUCCAUGGAUUUAUCCAGAGACACUCACUUUCUUUCUCAGCCAGGGACUAUAAUCUAUCCCAGUGGCACCUUGGCUUUCAUUUUAAACCUGUUUUCAUAAAACAAAAAAAGUCUACUGUCUGAUUUCUGAAUUUGCUGAAAGUGUUUUUACCUUUGUAAUCUUUUAAUACAAUUAAUACUUUGAAGAGACUUUGGUGCAAUGUAUAAAGGGUUAAGGUAUACAUGGAGAAAAGUGCAAUAUGUGUGGUACAUAGGAUGCAUUCUGUUAAAUAGUUGAUGCUUCAGAAAUGCACUAGUUCUAUAUGCUCUUGAUGUAUGAAAAAAGCUGCUUUUUUUUACAAUUUGGUAAUUAAACAAUAGUGUUGUUUCUACAAUAAAGAAAUGUAAUACACCUUAUGGACCUUGUGAAGAAAAUAACACUCUAUGGUUACAAUGAAGAACUGUAUUAUAAUCGUGUGAUGCUGCCUUUUUUCUGUCUGUGUAACUCAAAAGGAGAGAGUUGGCAGUCCUCGGUACCUCAAGAGCAAGUUUUUGUAUGACUAUGAAACAAUGAGAGUGACAUUUUUUUGAACUAUUUGGCAGACUUCUGUACCAGACCACUGGAGAAGAUGCUGCUGAGAUAAUGGCAGUUUGAUAAGCAAUCUUUGUACUGUUAACCAAAGGAUAAUUUAAAUAGGUAACUUCAAGGAUCUAACUCAAUGCAGUUCAUGUAUUGGUCCAAAUCCCAGUUUGAUUGAAGCAAGAAUAAAGGCUGUAGUGUUUUGAGCAAUA